AGAAAAGUGCUUAUUACCCGCGAUUGUAAACACUGGCCAUGAGCUGACCUAAAUGCAAUGCACUACUGUCCAGAGAUAGCUGUGUUGCAAUCGGCACUGUUGCUGACAAACAAAAAGAUUUUGGUUAAAGGAAAGGCAAAGACUUCCAAGAAUGAUGUCAGACAGUGUGUUUCUAUCCUGUAUGGGGCAAUACAGGAGAUUUGUAGGGGUCUGGAAGAGGACAGAGACCCACAGGAAGAGGAAGCCUGGAGUUCCCAGUUGUUCAGUAUUCUCCUGUACAAGGUGAUAGUCACACAAUACAGAGAUGCCAUCCCGGGAGAAGAUGAAGAGACCAAACCAGGGAAACUGGUGGAUAAAAUGGAGGCCCUGUGUUCAAUACUGCCACCAGUCAAUCACACUUUGUUUAUGGAAAUGGUUAAACGUUGUCGAUGGUUUCAACUGUAUUUUGAUAGUCUAAUCUGGAUCCAGGAACAGGUUGCCAGGUCUCUGCUGCAUGACACUGUUAGCCAUAUUUGUGAUGAUGAAAUUGAUAGCAACGAUAUAGUGUGGGGAAAACUCAUCACCGACUAUUUUGUUGGUGCUCUCAUAACUUUUCCCAGGACAGCUUGUAUCCACAAAUACAAAGAUGAAAUUAAACGAUCAGAUAGCCUGAAAGUUGAUCCAGUUAAUAUGUCUACCCAAUCAAAAGGGUCUAAUGAAAUGAAAAUGUCCAGUGCCAAUGGAGAAAUUUGUAUUGAAGAAAGGUCCUAUGUAACAAGUAAUCCUGAGAGCUAUGUUAAUGGUGUACUAACACUUACAGAGAUAGGUCACGCAUUAAAACAGAUCAUGAUGAUGGACACUCAAAAAGUCAGAAAUUCUGAAAAAGAACCUGGUCAAAAAUUCACUGAACUUGACAAACAGAAAAUAUUUUCUGAGUUGUGCCAGUUGUUGCUCCUCAGCAUUUGUUUCGGUUCAAGAUCUCCAACCAAAUUCAAUCAAAUUUCUGAUUGGAUGAAGUCAAAUGUAUUUGGAAUUGAUAUGAAGGAUGGUGGUCAGGUUCAGAGCUUACCUUCUCAAGCAAUGGGGAAAUACAGCUGUGCUGCUAUACAAGGAAGAGAGAUUGGGCUGAAUGCUGCAUUGAAGGACGCUCCAGAUAGUGAAUUUCCAUGGAAAUGUUGGGUUGAUAAAAUCAGAGAUAUACUUUCAUCAGAAACUUUCCAGAAUCAAGUGACAGGUGCUGAGAAGAACCAACUAUCUCAAUCAACUCUUUCAUUUUGUAACUUUGUUCCCUUGGUCGCAAGGGGGGUUAACUCUGGAAAGACAAGGACCACAUUUGUGUCGUUAGGGUGCUGUCCAACAACGUUCCUGCGCAUGAUUGUUCAGGUACUUAAGGAUAUGGCAGAGUGUUCUUUUGGACAAAAUGUGAUCCCAGCGACAGAUGAAUGUUUGGCAUUUACCAAAGAUUUAGAUUUCAUUGUUGGAAAUCUCAGUGAAGUAUUGAAUGUGUCCAAUCCUGAUGUUGACAGAGAAGUUGGUUUUGCCAAAGAUUGGUCGCUGUCUGCUAUUUUGUGGAGGAUCGACAACAGACAGGCUGGUUAUACAGAUGGUUUACUUCGACUUAUGACGACUUUUGAUGCAGAUCUUUGGUCCAAUUACAGUUUGUUACAAACUGUAAGAAACAACAUGGCCAUACUCCUUACUCCUGAUGUGGUGGUGAAGUUUUAUGAGCUUGUGGCCAGAAUUGCUGAUGCUAUGUAUCCAGAGUCGUUGAUGCAGCUUAAACAGUUGGUGCUGACCGGUUUCAGUGAUCUGCCCUUGGCUGUACAAGAUGACCACAUUGCCAUAGUGUACUCAACUUACCAACACUGGCCUCAUCACCAUGGUAGUCAGUUGGAUGGUAUCAUCACUGCAACACUCAAUAAACUCACCAUGGAAAGCACAGAAAAUGAAAAGGUGAUGACAGAGUUAUGUCAGCUCGCUCUACAGGAUGUUGAGGCAGUUAUCAAAGGCAUUGUGGGAAGGGCGAGUAGCAGUGCUCAACAAGCUGAGAUAGGUGUCAAGGUUCUUGGAAGGAUGUCAAGUGUGGCUGCUGGAAGGACGGAGGGCUGUAAUCUGUGUGGUCAGCUUCACCAGUUUCUUCUGUCCAAUCAGCUGUCUGCUAAGGAGCGCCGUGUUAUCCUAUACUUCAUACAGAUGACUGCCAUGCCACAGAAAUCAUCAGAUUGUGAGGAUAUCAUGAGAACAACCUCUCUGCUGAAUGCAACAGAGUUCAUCCAGACAACAACACUGUCGUCUCUCAAUGUGCUGUCGCUCAGCAACCAGGGACAUCCAAUGAAUGCCUUAUUUGCACUAGAGAUUAUAAUUGGCAUCUUUGAAGCAAUGAAACAUCACGAGGCCUUAUUGACAAAUUUGGUGAAGUCCUUGGCAACAGAUUCUGCUCCUUGGUUACUAUGUGUGGCCGAGCUCUGGCAGUAUUGCGUAAUUCUUUGGGAAUCUGAUGAAGAUGUAGGAGUGAGGUUGAAAUUGAAAGAAAAUUUGGUGCAAUUUCACGAUCUGCUGAAGUCAGUGAGUGCUUCGUGUGAACUCUGUACUUAUGGCCCUGAGACUGUCUGGCUCCAUGAUCAUCUUGAACAAAUGGACUGGUCAGUACAACUUCAUAUGGCAGAAAUUAUCAGUCCUACAGCAUACAGACAGUUGUUUCAGGAAUGUGAGCUUGAGGACUUCUGUCUAGCUCUGAUAAACAACUCCGGUGAUAGUAUUUACCUGAACCUGCUGCGAGCAGCUGCUGCCAGUGAAGUGAUGAUGCAAACUGUGUUACACAUUGUGACACAGUCCGACACCAGCCUCAGUCUGGUUUAUGAGGAAAUGGUGGUGACAUUGGCUCAGGUGUUACCUCACUGUGUUUUUGAAGAGUGGAAGAGAGUUAUACGGCUGAUACAGGGACUUUUGGAUGGUCGACAACUGAUUAUACAGAACAGAAUAAAAGAUGGGUGGGAGAAGCUUGAUGGAAAAUCUGAAGCUGUGCGGCAACCAUUGAAUCUGUCUCGAGUACUUCACAAUGUCAUAACUGUCCUUCAGUUUACGACUAUGGCAACAAAUAUGGCCGCCCUGUUACACUGUACCAAAUGUUACGUCACAGUUUUGAAGGAGUGUGUCCUUGUCAGCAAAAUUGCCCUCGCCGCAUCAGACCACUUGUUCCUGCUGACCAAAGUGUUUGGUCAUGUGUGUCACGCCACCUAUUGGAUGCCCUUGGAGACCCGUGAUCCCCUAGACGUUCUCCUACUAGACAUUGUGUGUUCUCUAGAACUGGUCAAUCAAGAACUGGACAUGAAUGUUGAGGGCACCACCUUCACAGACAGCUUGAAGUGUAUUGCUCAAUGUUCACUCUCCAUCCAAAACCCAGACACAAAAUGUAUGAUAGAGAAGAAGAUAACAGAACUGUUGGGAUAAAUGUGUGUAGAUCUGAAUCUAGGAUAAACAGCACAGGUUAAUAUAAGUUAAUCUUGCAUUAAGUAUAUUCGUUAUGAUUCUGUUAAUCUUAACAGUGCAACAAUUUUCGCAGUUCAUAUCAAAUUUGUUCCAAAACCCAUUGAAGCCUAUAUCCCAUUAACCUCAACAUAAUGUAAUUAAAUCCUUAUAUUCACAUUCAGUGCAGUUUAGAUGUUUUUUUUUAUAUAAUUUCUAAAAUAUCUGAUUUGGCAAAUCUUUGUAAUGGAAGUUCCUGGCGAAUGCGACGUCAUCACUAAGUGUAAGAGUGACGUCGUUCUGGUAACUUAAAUUAAGCUGUUUUGUAUCGAUUACGAUGCUAAAAUAACCUUUCACAUAAAUAGAUGUUUGUUAAAUCAGAAACAUGAAAUAAGAAAUUGAAACAUUCUUUUAAUAAGACUACUCCCUACACACAUUUCUGAUGUAUUCAUACACCAACUGUACAGUGGCAAAAUUCUAUUUCAUAUUUUGUAUAGGUAUAUUGAUUCCAAGUUCAUUAGAAAUGUAACUAUGGUUUGUGCAAACUAAUAAUUUGUAAUUAACUUCAUCAGUAAAACAAGUCCAAAAUUGAUUUGAUAAUUCGUGAGCUCGAAUUUGUCAUGAUGCAAAAUUAAUAGGAAUGUGUCAUAAAAUCUCCUCAAAAAGGAUUUUUUUUAAAAUAUAUGAUGUUGUUCACAAUUCUUUAGAAUCACAUUUAUAAUAAAAUCUUUGUUUCUAUC